CAGAAUACGGAAAUGGACGAUUUUUAGCACCAUUAUUCGCGUGCGAGUUCAUGUAAAUGCACAUUCUUGGUUUUAUCUAUGUGUGACCAUGACGAAAAUAAUGGAAAGUUUAAAAGUAUUUAGUGCAUAUUUUUUGUUUCAUCUAGUGAGCGUGGCUGCCGUUCGACAUGCGCGUAACCUUGUAUGGGCGCAGACCCCAAACCUGAAACUGGGCGUGUCACGGAUCGUGGGAAUAGAGGGAGACCCGACAGUUUGGGUGCCGAGUGGAAAUGUACAGGUCAGGCACAUAAGCGCUCCCCACCAUGGAUGGCAGUUUAAGGCUCUUGGGUUCAACUAUGCCACACAAACGCUGUACUGGAGCGAAGCCACCAACAAAAAGAUUCAGGGCCUGCGGCUAAAUGGAACAACGGAAACUGAAACCCUGUUUACCGGGACAUCCAGCGUCGUUGAGGGUAUCGUGGUGGACUGGACAUCCAACAACGUUUACUGGACCGACGGUCUGUAUGACUGGAUCAUGAUGGCGACCCUGAAUUCCCCGGUGCAGGGGUACAAGAUCAUUGUCAGGGACGGACUGUCUGGGCCUAGCGGGAUAGCCGUCUAUCCACAGAAAGGAUACCUCUUCUGGACGGACUCCGGUGCCUAUUCAAAGAUAGAGAUAUCUGAUCUAUUCGGUCAAAAUCGUCGUGUGAUUGUCGACACCGACAUUGAGCAUCCAAGAGGGAUAACUAUUGAUUUCGCCGACGACAUGCUGUAUUGGGUGGACAGCAAGAAGGACACAAUCGAGUGUGCCGGGUUCAACGGAAAUAACCGAAGAGUUGUAGCCCACCAGUCCGGCACGAUCUUCUUCAGCAUAGCGGUGUAUGACAAAUACGUGUUCGUCACCGAGCAGUUGCAAGGUCACCUCCGAGUGUACGACAAGAACCAGCUCCAGCACAACGAGAUCAACUAUCAGCUCGGCUACGUCCCUGACGGUAUCAUCAUGUACGACGACAACAUGCAGCUGGGAAAUAGUUCUGCCUGUGAUAUCAUGGGAUGUCAGCAGUUUUGUAUCAACGACCCUCUUGUGGGCCCCAUGUGCCGGUGCGGGGAAAAAUACUUGCUUGAAGAUGACGGAAAAUCUUGCCUUGUCGAGCGUGGCUUCACCAUGCCGAGCCACAUGUACGGGAUAGGGGAGGCCAUUUGCCAGUACCCCGUCAACCUGCCAGAUAUGUCGCUGACCAACGUCUCGCUCGAGUCUCAAUGUUUCAAGCGCGGACGUCGCGGACACUACGGACUGGCGUACAAUGUCCGUGAACAAGAGCUCUUCUAUACGGAAAACGUUACCAACAGUAUAGGGCGUAUAAACCUGGACGUCGAGCAUGGGGAAACGAUCAUCAAGGGCGUCGGCGAUGUACAAGCAAUGGUUCUGGACUGGAUCACUGGUAACCUGUUCUGGACUGAUCUCACUUAUAACCACAUCUCAAUGGCCCGUAGUGACGGCAUGUAUCAAUCUGUCGUAAUAUCCGGUCUAGACCAGCCGCUUGGCAUCGCCGUCCAUCCGGGACGAGGGCAACUGUUUUGGUCAGAGCAGAACGAGACCCGGCAGAUCUACGUGGCGUCAAUGGACGGCUCCAACAAGCGCGUCCUCGUCAGAGAAAACGAAACUGGCAUGCCCAAUCAUCUAUACAUGGACUUUAAAAGAGACCGGUUAUACUGGGCGGACUCGGGUCUGUACGCCGUCAAGUACGUGGACCUGGUUACGGGAGAGAUACUUACUGAAUAUGAAAACAUCGCGCAGAUGUCCACCUUCUUCGGAAUCAGCCUUUAUAACGACUACGUGAUAUGGACGGACAAGGAUUACAUAAAGAACGGUAUCCAUGCGGCCCGUCUCGACAAACAGGAGAAAGUGAGGGGCAUUCUCCAUCCGCAUUCAGGCCUGGCCUCACAACUCAUCACAUUCGACCAGAAAACACAGCCAAACUUCACAAGCCCAUGCGCGAACAACGGCUUCUGUGAGCAUACGUGUUUACCAACAUCAAACGAGUCUUAUAUCUGCACGUGCGCAGUGGGAUACACCCUGGAGGACAAUCUGAGGUCAUGUUCUUCAUCCGUGAAAAGCGACAACUUCAUUAUAACAGUAGACUCCUACCAGAAGCAGAUAUAUCAAAUCAACAUUGAGACUGAAGAAGUGGCAGCAAUACCCGUCGACUAUCCGUACAAACCCGUCGCUAUAGACAUCCAUCCAAUCACAAAACAGCUGUACUGGACUGAUAACAAAUAUGGCGCCAUCGUGACGUCGUCACUCUACGGAAACGAUAAAGUGUUCCGGAAAUUACCGAAUGAUUCGGUAUCAGACGGUAUCGCGGUGGAUCACAUAAAUCAGCUCCUGUUUUACACGUGCACACGCUUUGACGUCAUCGUGGUGAUGUCACUUAGUAACACGGGGCUAUAUAGAACGAUAAUCGAUGAUUCAUUGGACGAGCCCAGAGACAUCAUAGUACAUCCGGAAGAAGGGCGGAUAUAUUGGACGGACUGGGGAGUGGAUGCGAAGAUAGAGACAGCCAGUAUGUCGGGUGGUAAUCGCUCCCUCGUACACCGCUGCGAAAACGGAACAUGGCCAAACGCACUCGCCCUCGACAUUGACGCUAUGAAUCUCUACUGGGUGGACGCCAAGACGGAGGUGAUUUGUCGGUUGAACCUUCAAACCAUGGUGAAGAAGAUUAUCUACACCGAGGCCCGGGCACAUUUCUUCGGUUUAUUCCUACUAGAUGGAUACCUUUAUGUGACAGAUUGGUUCCGAAAACAUAUGACUCGAAUCAACAUUGGUGACAACGAAGACGGGAAGACUUUAGAGCAGUUUGGGCCAUCAUCUUUUGCUCGGCUGAAUGGAAUCACCGGCUACAGGAAAUCCAGCACCAGACAAGGGUUUAGCAAGUGUCUGCAGAGCACGUGCAGUAAUCUCUGUCUUCCUGUGUCCGCUUCCGACUACACGUGCGCAUGCGCAGAUGAGGGGAAGAAUGCGGCCAUUCCUUGCCGUGAAAUAAAUGAAAUUGACGUUAUAGUAAAUCAAGGUUCAAAUUCAGCACAGAGCCACAUCCAGAAUGAGAGAGACGGUGCCCCAGCAUUGACGAUCGGUCUUUCUGUUGUCGGCGUGAUUGCCGUCAUAGUGACAGUCUUCUUUGGAGUUUAUAUUUACAACAAAAGGUUCCGUCAGUCCAACAUCCAGCAUGACCGCCUGGUCGAGGACAACGCGCGCGUGGACACAUUCUACCGAAUAACGUUUCCCGACGCCGGCGCUAAGGACGAGCCUGAUUUUGACUCCGGCAUCGAAAACCCAUCGUUCCACUGCUCUACAGAAAACGUGAGAUCUGGAGGAUCUAACAUAGUCAGAUACUCUCCAAUGUGAGGAUAAUGUACACUUCCGGGAGUAAACUUUGUUUCUGAUGUCCGGCAGUUACCGUGUGUUCAGAAGCAUUUGCAGAGUCAGGGAUGUUUUCUUGUCCAGAUGUGAAGAUAUGUUUUGUCCCAUAAUGGGCCACUGUUCAGCACUCUGUUAAAUUUAACAAGUUUGUUUACGUCAUGACUGUUAACUUUCAAAUCGUAACUGUUCUUGAAGUUUAAUGAAUACACUUAUUAUCUGCUUUAUUUAAUUCCAGAUUUGAGACAAUUUUUUUAGCUGUAAUAGUUUAUAUUUAUAUAUGUAACCACAUCGUCAUAUACUUUAUGCUUAAACUUGAAAAAAUGAUGGAGUUGGCCACGUUUUUAACUUAAACCAAGUUCUUAACAAUCGGCCCAUUGUUAAGCAUGGACGAAUAUAUUAUAUGAUAGUGUUCAAUUUCAAGGAGUAUAACGGCAGAAUCUCUCCAGUGUUGCAGGGAGGGACUCAUUCACAGAGACUAUUUUGGACAUUUUACUCCAAAUGUUAUUAUAAUUGAUAUAUUGACAAACAAUCAAACAGCGACUGGUAGAUACUUAUUUCAACAGAAUUCUCUAUUUUAGCCUAUAUCACUCGAAUUUCACUAGCGUUACUAACACUUUGUUGCAAAUUGGGGCAUUAUUUGUCACAUUUUAUCUAUCUGUAAACAAAAGAGAGCUCUUAUUCAAACUUGUGAUUAUAUUUUAUCAAUGUUACAAGAUUAUGUUUCGUUUAUGUCUGACCCUAUUUUCAUGAAGUUUUAAGGGAAUAUUGUUAGAUAAUCUCUAAUGUUUAAGAAAUAUUGUCAGGCAAAGGAUUAUUGUCAGAUAAUUUCUAGUGUUAAAGGAAUAUUGCCAGACAUAGGAAUAUUGUCAGACACAGGAAUAUUGUCAGAUAAUCUCUAGUUUUAAAGGGAUAUUGUCGGACAAUCUCUGGUCUUAGAGGAAUAUUGUUAGACAGUCUCUAGUAUUAAAGGAAUAUUGUCACAUAAUAUAUGAUUUAAAAGGAUAUUGUCAUAUUCUCUCUAGUGUUAAAAAGAGUAUUGUCAGACAAUGCCUAGUGGUAAAGGAAUAUUGUCAGACAAUGCUUAGUGUUAAAGGGAUAUUGUCGGACAAUCUCUGGUCUUAGAGGAAUGUUGUUAGACAGUCUCUAGUAUUAAAGGAAUAUUGUCACAUAAUAUAUAUUUUUACAGGAAUAUUGUCAUAUUCUCUCUAGUGUUAAAAAGAGUAUUGUCAGACAAUGCCUAGUGUUAAAGGAAUAUUGUCAGACAAUGCUUAGUGUUAAAGGAAUAUUGUCAGACAAUGCCUAGUGUUAAAGGAAUAUUAUCAGACAGUCUCUAGUAUUAAAGGAAUAUUGUCACAUAAUAUAUAAUUUUACAGGAAUAUUGUCAUAUUCUUUCUAGUGUUAAAAAGAGUAUUGUCAGACAAUGCCUAAUGUUAAAGGAAUAUUGUCAGACAAUGUCUAGUGUUAAAGGAAUAUUGUCAGACAAUGUCUAGUGUUAAAGGAAUUUUGUCAGACAAUGUCUAGUGUUAAAGGAAUAUUGUCAGAUAAUGAAUAAUGUUAAAGGAAUUAUUUGUCAAUGUGUUAAAAAAUAUUGUCAGCCAAUCGCUUGUGGUAAAGAAAUGUUGUCAGACAAUCUCUAGUGGUAAAGGAAUAUUGUCAGACAAUCUCUAAUGGUAAAGGAAUAUUGUCAGACAAUCUCUAGUGGACCUAGUGGUAAAGGAAUAUUGUCAGACAAUCUCUAGUGUUAAAGGUAUAUUGUCAGACAAUCUCUAGUGAUAAAGGAAAUUGUCAGACAAUCUCUAGUGGUAAAGGAAUAUUGCCAGACAAUCUCUAUUGAUAAAGGAAUAUUGUCAGACAAUCUCUAUUGGUAAAGGAAUAUUGCCAGACAAUCUCUAUUGAUAAAGGAAUAUUGUCAGACAAUCUCUAGUGGUAAAGGAAUAUUGUCAGAUAGUGUUAAGUGUGUGUUCUGUGGUGUUAAAGGCAUUGCCAGAUAGUCUCUAAUGUAAAAACAACGUCGUAAGAUGCCCUUACAUUGUAACACUGUCAGGUUAUUUUUACUUUAUGUCACCAUUUUCAAAUAAUAUAUCGUUUUCAGAUAGUUAUUUUCAGAUAGAUGUCGAAGAAUACACGCAAAUCAUUUAAACAACAAUUUGUCGGUGGGAAGAAAAAAAUUAUAGAAUGAUUUCAAAUUCGAUUAUAUUCUAGAAGUAUAUUAAAUAACAUUUUUACUAUAUUUGGUUUAACUGAGGUGGGAGAAAGGCAUCUACCAUGGCCACUCCUGUAAGUUAGGUUCAUCCCAACACUCGCGCAGGGUGUUCUCUCGGUAAACCUCGUUUCCGCAAAGCACCCUACGCAUGGGUCGGAAUGAGCCUUUCUUACACGCUCUGUCAAAGAAGAUACCUAUAGUCUCGUCCGGACUAAUUUUCCUACGACUUAUAUAUAUACUUUGAACUGGUUUGGUUAACCUUUCGGCAUUAUUACCAGUUAAAACGUAUUUCCACCGCCCAUGUUUACUAUAUUGGUUCCAUACAUUCUAGGUAUAAAUAUUUUUUAUACAAAAUGCGUUAGUAGCACUAGCAUUUAUUUGCGAAUUGGUUUUUAACAUGUUCGAAUGUAAACAUUCUGAUAUCUUUUGUAACACACUAAUUGUAUUUAUCUGUGCAAUGAUAAAUGUAUAUUGUAUUCACAAACUUUAUCUCACCGAAUCAAUGACAUUUUUGUGACUUAUUUCGGCUGGAAUAUAUUCCACGGUCAAUAUCUUCUGUAGACUGUUGUAGAUAUCAUUAAGUGUGCCGCAAGGAGUCCCAUCAAGGACUAGAUUGUGUAUGAAGUCAAUAUGCUUGAUCUAUCUAUAUAACACAUUAUGUACAUAUUGUUAGUGCCUUUCAGCCAUAUGUUAUAUAACUUAUAUUGUAUGGUGAUCCAUCUCAGCAUGUUUAAACAUUCACGUAUGUUCUAUAUCUGUCAUAUUUACCUGUAUAAUUUUGUUUCAAAAUACAAUAGUUUAAACUGCA